AUGUCUUCCUCGGAAGAGAGCCUCCCGCUCGAGUUAGAGGAAUUGCAGGUCGCUGACUAUUUGGAUGUGUAUGACCGAUUCAGCAAAGUCCAGAAAAACUUCAUUGUCUUCGCAGUGUCAUUUGCAGGGCUACUUCCUAUGUUCGUGACUGGGACUUUCGUCCCUGCAAUCCCUCAGAUAGCUCAUGAUCUUGAUUCAACGGGUGCUGUUGUGAGCCUUGCUGUAAGUUUGUCGGUAUUUGCGAAUGCGAUCGGGGGUUUGGUAUGGGCAGCAUACUCCUCAUUCUAUGGGCGCCGGCCAAUAUACUUGUGGGGUAUGCCUAUUUUGUGUAUAGGAAGCUUCGGCGUUGCAGUGUCCGCGUCUCUUGUGAGCUUGCUGUUCUGGCGGUUUGUUCAGGCAUUCGGAUGCGCUGGCGGAGUGUCGGUAGGUGCGGCCGUUAUUGGCGACAUUUACAGGAUCGAGCAGCGAGGUACAGCCAUGGGUAUUUUCUUUGGGGCUUGUCUUCUGGGCGUCGCACUGUCACCCAUUACAGGAGGCACAGCAGCACAUUACUGGUCAUGGCGCAGCCUACACUACUCGCUUGGAGUAUGGGGCAUUGUUGAGAUGGUUCUAAUAUAUCUGUUCUUCCCGGAGACAAGUCAUCUGCAUUCGGGAGGGGCACGUGAGCCGACGGCACGAUUCAAAUUCGUGUGGAUCAAUCCUUUCAGCGGUCUCUGGCUACUCCGUAGUCCAAACAUCAUGGCUGUCACACUAGCAAAUACAUCAGCGAUGGUGACGGACUAUGUUUUAUUGGUUCCAAUUGCCUACACGAUUGGUGCACGAUACCACAUCUCUAACGAGGCACUGAUCGGUGCAUGCUUCCUCCCCAGUGGACUCGGAAACUUUAUUGCCUCAGCAAUCGCUGGGCGGUUGUCCGACGCCAUGAUUGAAAAAUGCAAGGCAAAGCGCCAAGGCAUCUGGAUCCCUGAAGAUCGCUUACGUGCAGUCUUGGUCGGUGGACUCUUCGUCCCCUUAUCCGUUUGUCUUUCGGGAUUGGUUACCACGUACAUCGCUGGACCGUUGGGCUUGACAUUGAAUUUGCUUUGUUUGUUUAUGAAUGGCGUUGGAGUAGACUUCGUCCUCACUCCGAUCGGCUCGUACAACGUCGAUGUGCUACAAUCACGCAGCGCAGAGGUAAUUGCCGCAGUUACCGCCUUCCGCGCGAUAAUUCUUGCACCAGUGACUGCAGCCGUAAUUCCAUCGAUUGAAACGCUGGGCGUGGCGGCGACAAAUGGCAUAGCUACAGUAAUUGCGCUUCUUGGAUAUGGGCUUAUAGUUCUCACGAUUCGUUAUGGUGAUCGUAUGAGAGCUUGGGUAGACAUUGGAUACACCUUGGUAGAAAACAACUAA